AUUUUCAAAACAAUCACUUUAACGUGAAACAAAAAUUAUUGAAAGAAAGUUUAAAGCUAAAAGUAAAAGUGACUUCAAUUAUAUUAUUUCAAAGGAAUAAACUUCAAAUUAAUAUUUAAAAAAAAAAAACUGCCAAAAAAUGUUUUCUAAUAUGAAAUUCUUGAUACCUGUGGUUGGUUUGUUAAUAUUAAUUGCGAACUCAUCUGCGGUGGAUAACAAUAUUGAAAGCAAAGCAGUGGAACGAAAAUCUGACUUAGAUACUUCAGCAACAUCCGCAAAGUUACUAGGUCUCUUCAACCCAAAUUAUGGCUAUAACUAUGGGACUAGCAGCUAUCCUAGCUACCGACCAACAUAUUACUAUCCCACAACUGGAAGUUAUUACCCAACUACAGGUGGAAACUAUUAUCCAAGUACUAGUUGGACUGGCAGUAGUUAUCCAAAUGUUUACUAUAAUAAUCCCGGUUCAUAUUAUCCAAGUACAAGUGGAACUUACUACCCAACAAGUGGUUACUACCCCACUGGCACAAACAUAUUAGGAGGAAAUGGCGGUUAUGGUGGCUAUGGAGGUAAUGGCGGCUUAGGCCAAUAUUAUGGUUAUUGGAAUAAAGAUUAUACGGGUGCACGUAAUCGUGGUUAUGGCUAUUACACGGACACAGAUCGCUAUGGUUUACCAACGCGUGAUCGUAGCGAUUAUUAUGGGCGUGAAAUGGAUCGUGACUACGGACGUGGCUCUUAUCGUGGGUUUGACUAAAUGUUUGACUAACAUUUUGUAGUUUCUGUUAAUGAUUAUGUUAAUAAUAAAAUUAUUUUCGCUUUUAA